AUGCAGUUCACAUUCUACUACUACGCGCCCUCCAGCGCAGCCGCAGGCAUCUUUGUCGUCCUGUUCGGCCUCAGCACCCUCCUGCACCUCUACCAACUGGCCCGCACGCACUCAUGGUCCAUGAUCCCCUUCGUCAUAGGCGGCAUCCUCGAAACCAUCGGAUACGUCGGCCGCCUGCUCUCCGCCCAGCAAAGCCCCGACUUCACCCAAGGGCCCUACAUCAUCCAGAGCGCGCUGAUCCUCAUCGCCCCCGCCUUUCUGGCCGCCAGCAUCUACAUGACCCUCGGUCGGAUCAUCCGCAUGGUGCACGCCGAGCAGCACGCCGUGAUUCGGUUGAGCUGGAUGACCAAGAUCUUCGUGUUAGGCGACGUGCUUUCAUUCCUGAUGCAGGCUUCCGGAGCCGGACUCAUGGUCAGCAACUCCGACAACCCGUCCACCGGCGAACACGUCAUCAUCGUCGGUCUCUUCGUCCAGAUCAUCUUCUUCGGCUUCUUCAUCAUCACCGCCGUCAUCUUCCAGAUGCGCAUGCGGCAGAACCCCACCGGGACCGCGAGGGAGCUGUCCGGCGUCUGGCGGCGGCAUCUGGCUGCGCUGUAUAUCUCGAGUGGCUUGAUUUUCGUCCGAUCGAUCGUCCGCGUCGUGGAGUACCUGGAAGGGUAUGACGGCUUCCUCAUGAAACAGGAGGUGUUUAUCUAUGUGUUUGAUGCCCUGUUGAUGUUUGCGGCCAUGGUGGUGCUGCAGUACUUCCAUCCGAGUGAGAUUAACUGUUACCUGGGGGUCGGGGUGCGGUACUCGGAGAUGGGGUUCAAGACGCGCAAGUUUAUACCGCUGGCGAGGGAGAUGGAGGUGGCGUCGGAUGUGUAG